AGGAUUCAACUUGAAAUAGCAAAUAGCGUGCAUAAUCCUGACUUCGUUACUAGUCGUGGACGAUAUGUCGGAUCAAGGACAUCCAAACAGAAAAGGAUUCACACAUUUUGAGGUUUUAGAAACCACAGCCAUACCAAAGUACGACAACCGAUUUUCCCGCAGUGUUGUACCACGCUUUCAACACGCUCAGUAAUGGCUUUCUCACUUCGCACGACUUUAGAUGGAGAGUCAGCAACUGGAUCGGAAUGGCGAAUCACAUUUGAGCCAUCAGAAAGGGCGACUUAAUAUUACUGUCGGCGACCAGAAAGCAGAUUUGCUAAAUAUGAUGUCGACCAUUGCUCCUUCCAAUCGGAAGAUGGGGCUCUCCUUUUUACCUCGCAUUGCGACCAUUGUUAUAUUUGAAAUUGGUCUGCCAUUGGGUCUAUAUUUUGGGCUUCGCCAACCAACUGGACCACUAAGUCCGGUGUGGGCUUUGUUAGUCGCAGGAUGUCCUCCGCUGCUGGUCGUCAUCUACAGCUUCGUGGUAAAUUUCAAGAUAGACGGAGCUGGACUCCUACUUGUUACAGGAUUCGUUGUCGCCGCCAUAGUUGCCGUAGUGAGCCAAAAUGCGAAGGUCCUGUUACUUGAGAAGUCAAUUGUUACUGGUGCUAUUGGUGUCGUUUUUCUCAUUACACUCAUACCGUUCCGACUCACUUGGAAAGGCAAGCUGUAUCGUAUGCUCCCGUUGACGUAUACGCUGUGUUUACAAUUUCUCCCCGCGGAUUUAACAUACGACGUACAAGAAGUUCAAUGUGCAGACACGUCUUUUGUACAAAUCCAACGAGCGAGUCAACCACAUGAUGAAGAAGAAGAUCGAAUCCAAAUGGCUGAGUUCACUUCUUCAGGCAGCGUUCUACCAGGAAACACCGAAGGACAAAUGAUAGCGGCCCAGCAGCAAAGUCCUCGGAAGAAGUUCAACUUUGGUUUCCAAAGUGUCGAGCUACCACUUUUCAGAUUCAUGUAUUACGAGUUACCUACAUUUCGACUUUUAUGCAUCCUUAUCACCUUAGUUUGGGGUGUCGGCUUUUUGAUUGAGCUGGCUAUCCGGCUUGUUCUGAUAUUCACAAUGUCAGAUUUCGAUCGGAUUUUUCUUUUGAGCAAUAUCAUAUUCAUUGUUGCAUUGGUGAUAUGUGCUGUCAGCACUAGUGCGAUUUCACUCGUAUGCCAUUUUCGAUGCAUUAGAGAAAUGAAGCAGUAUCUGGAUCAAGGACCAAGAUGACUUCUACGAUAUGUACAGCUUUUUACACAGUAUUAUAUUUUACCUAAAUUAAUAAGCUGAUUUGAUAUAUCCACAUAAUAUAAUGUUCCAAAAGUUUGAAAAAAUGCA